CGUAGUUGUCCUUCACGGGUUACGUGCAGGUAGCGUAUCGAGAACCUUCGGAUAGAAUCUUCGAUCAUGAAACCCCACCAACGGCAGAGCCGGUCUAACAUGGACGUUUCGGUUACUCCCGCAACAUCAGAACAAGCUUCGAGGACAACCAGCAAACCGCUGAGCCGUUCCACAGAGCGUCGUAACAUGGCAUAUGCCAUCGUCGUAUUAGCUGUCAUUGUCGGCGUGCUUCUACUCGUCGUCGUGACCAAGCCUUUUGCCUCGCCUCAAAGGCGUGCAGGACAGACACGUGCAACAAGUUCGUCGCGAUCGUCGCACUCGUGAACAACUCCGGCGACCCAUGCGAGAACUUCUACCGCUAUGUCUGCGACAGUUGGGACUACCACGGGGACAAAUCCGUGUGAAGGGAGCAGGUGAAGCAGUACAUACGCUACACUCUUGAGUCAGCUAGCCGGAUAACAAUUCCAACCUCAGGCCAGACGGGUGAUCAGAAGGCAGUCACCUUUUAUAAGUCUUGCAAGGAUGUCAUGGAAGAGAACAGGGACCAAAUGCCAGAAAUCAAAAAGCUUAUGCACGAAGCCAACCUCACCUGGCCGUACUUCACCGAACAGCAUAGCUUAUUCGAAGCCAUGUUCUACUCAGUGCGAACGAUGGAUACUCAUCUGCUUAUCGAAGUUGGGUCACACACCAACUCUACCCAGAGCAUAGUGACGUUUCGUGCACCGUCUUCCAUACCGUAUAUUCUGAACAUGCGGGACGCGCUUAUCAAAAGCGGAGACUACAGUGAUUUCCUGGCAGUUCUCAUCAAGCAUUUUGCGGACCCGGCAAAGCCACCGACAACGGCCACGGGUCAGCAAGAUAUUGAAAAUAAGAUACAUAUAUCGUCAUUGCGUCUCGUGUUGUCAGCACCGGCUACAAGUACAACCCUCACCUACAAUCUCAGCGAAGCGCAAUGGGCAGGAUACGACCAAACCCGUUGGGAGAAAGCCUUCGCAGAGCACCUGGGAAUUCCUGUUUUGGGAUUUAACGUACAAAUAACAAUCGUUGAAGACGCGUACAUUAGAUGGCUUCGCCGCACACUGCAAGACGUCGGAGAGAGCGAGCUACAAUUCCUCGUGGGCUAUUUGAUGGCCAUACGUAGCUCGUUAUUCGCCAACCCAGAGCUUCUGCAAAACUUGUACCGUCGCGAUCAGGGAGCGCACGACUUGGCCACAAGAGCGUUCAUAAACGCGUGUUUCAUCUCGGCGAUGUAUUACAUGGGCACGGGUUACAUCCACCCUCACGUCUCGAACUGGCCCACAGCUGAAGAAAUGCGUGAGAUAGUUGACAUUGCCGGCAACGUGGAAAAUUCCUUCGGAGCAAAGUAUGUCGUGAGCAGCGUAAGACUCGUCGAUUCCGCGCGCGAUUUUAUUGAUAAACAAAGAAGGCUCGAUAUGAAAGAGAUUUACAAGAACUACAGUGACAUGGGCCCAGAUUUUGUAAAGAACCUCCGAGCAGCUAUUUCGGGCUUUCGGAACUCGAGGAGCGAGUAUAUCAGAAUAACCGAUAUGGAUCUAUCUGACUUGACGGACGUCAAUAUUUAUUAUUUAAACAAGGACACGGAGGAGCUUUACUUCUAUCCCAACGCGUUCGUGUUUCCAAUGUACGACGUCCAUGGACCCCUCGUGAGUAAAUAUGCGGGAAUUGGGGCAGAACUGAGCCUCGCUUACGCGACGAUUGCGUUAAGCGAUCAGUUCCAAAUGAACGUUACCUGCAUGACGGAUGCAAAUCCACACAUGGAUGUCCUCAUGAAAGACAUGUUUAUUCCCUCUUUGGCUGUUGAAGAAGCGUGGAGCAGUUUCAAGAGGGCGGACACUGGAGACGACGCAAACAGACUGAAGGUAUCCGCCUUCUCGGAGGAUCAGCUCUUCUUCGUGUUCUUUUGCCACACCUUGUGCAGAACGGACAACAAAUGGGAGGCCGCGUGCAACGUGCUCUUAAGGUCCAGUGCGACAUUUAGUACCGUCUUCGCAUGUCCUGAGACGAGCUUCAUGAGGGCUGAUCCACUUUGUGUGUCCUCGCACGCCGUGCAUUAGU